AUGGCGACUUUGGACAACGCAAAUCCGACUAUCUUGAGCGCAUCACAGCUCCCUACUCGGCAGAAGAAGGCUGAGCCGCGGCGGGGUCCUGAGUCGAAAUAUGACGAUAUCAUCUUCGCGAAGCCAUCCUAUCUAUCGGGACCUUUUGUCAGCCAGGGUUCGGCAGCAUGGCCUCGAAUCAAUGACUGGCAGGACGAAUUCUCUUCCGAAGCCAUCGACGAGCAAGAAAUUUAUGACUUGAUCUCAACAAUCUCGGAUCCAGAGCACCCGGUAUCACUUGGUCAAUUGUCGGUGAUCAACCUCUCUGAUAUCCACAUUACUCCUUCUCCGGCUUUGGGCAUUCCUGACCCAAAUACCAUUGUCCAGGUGGUUGUGGAGAUCACGCCUACCAUUACACAUUGCUCGCUAGCUACCGUUAUUGGACUUGGGGUCAGGGUAAGACUUGAGCAAUCACUGCCGCCCAACUACCGGGUGGACGUGACCUGCAAAGAGAACAGCCACAACCAAGACGACCAAGUGAACAAGCAAUUAGGCGACAAGGAACGAGUUGCCGCAGCCCUGGAGAAUGACACUCUGAAGGGGGUUCUGGACAAGAUGCUGGAAACGUGCGCUUAG